GGCUUAAUCUAGAGCCCUAAGCUGGCUUUGCUGACCGCAACAAUGCUCUUUCUCUUCUUCUGUAGCUGACGAAGCUCGGUCGCCGGUUUCACAAGAUGGAUCUUGAAGGUUACAAUGGGUUACCUGAAAGACCACAGAUGCUUCCUCCUCCACCUGGAGGUUUUAUGGACCGCGAAGAGCUUAUUCAACAUGUAGGGGACUUUGCUUUAACUCAAGGAUAUGUUGUAACUAUCAAGCAAUCAAAGAAAGACAAAGUGGUAGUCCUAGGCUGCGAUAGAGGAGGAGUUUAUCGUAAUAGGCGCAAACCUAUUGAUGAGACAUCAGCUGAACAUUCUCGAAAUAGGAAAACUGGCUCUCGGCUUACAAAUUGUCCAUUUGAAUGUGUGGGUAAGAAAGAUGAUGACAUGUGGGUGCUGACAAUUAAAAAUGGUUCGCAUAACCAUGAACCCUUGAAAGACUUAACAGAGCAUCCUUCUGCACGUCGCUUCACUGAGACAGAAGUACUGUCAAUAAAAGAGAUGACUGAAGCUGGUUUAAAACCACGACAAAUUUUGAAAAGACUAAGACAAAAUAAUCCAGAACUCUUGUCAACACCAAAGCAUGUAUAUAAUGUAAAGGCUAAACUCCGUCAAGGAAAUGUCACAGUGAGAAGAUUGAAGACAAUGAAACCACAGACAACUGUGAGUGGAAAUACACUGGCUACAACUAAUGAGCCAUCUUGGAGACAACGAUAUCCUCCGAGAGUUCCCAAUUUCAUUGGUGGUAGGUUUGUUGAUUCUCGGUCAUCCACUUCUAUUGACGUCAUAAAUCCUGCCACACAACAAGUCAUCUCCCAAGUUCCUUUAACUACAGUUGAAGAAUUCAAGGCUGCAGUAUUUGCAGCAAAAAAGGCUUUUCCACCAUGGAGAAACACACUAGUUUCUAUUCGUCAACGUUUAAUUUUCAAGCUUUCAGAGCUUAUUCGGCGAGAUAUUGCUAAGCUUGCUACUACGAUUGCUAAUGAGCAGGGGAAAACAUUGAAGGAUGCUUAUAUGGAAGUUUAUCGUGGGUUAGAGGCUGUAGAGCAUGCUUGUGGAAUUGGAAGUCUGCAAAUGGGAGAAUUUUCUCCAAACAUAUCAUAUGGGGUUGAUACAUAUAGUACCAGGGAGCCCCUUGGAGUUUGUGCUGGGAUUUGUCCUUCUAACUUCCCGGCAAUGAUCCCAUUAUUGAUGUUUCCAGUUGCAAUAGCAUGUGGAAAUACAUUUGUUUUGAAACCAUCGGAGAAUGUUCCAGGAGCGGCUAUUAUACUUGCAGAACUAGCUGUGGAGGCUGGUUUACCCAGUGGUGUAUUAAAUAUUAUCCAUGGAACCAAUGAAAUUAUGAACUCCAUUCGUGACGAGGAUGAUAUCAAAAUAACAUCGUUUGUUGGUCCCAAUAUGGCUAAUAUCUAUAUGCAUGUAAGAUUAGCAAAUGGACAACAUAUCCAGCCUCAUAUGAGGACAAAAAACAUUGCAAUUGUUAUGCCUGAUGCCAGCAUGGAUGCUACUUUGAAUGCUUUAGUUGCCUUUGGAUUUGGUGCUGGGGGAUCAAGGUGCUUCUUAAUCAGCAUAGUUGUUUUUGUUGGAGGCUCAAGUAAAUGGGAAGACAAACUUGUAGAGUAUGCUAAAUCACUUUUAGUGAAUGGUGGAAGUGAACAAGAUGCAGCACUUGGACCCGUUUCCAGCAAAAAUGCAAAGGAGCAUACAUUCAGAUUGAUCCAGAAUGCUAUUGAUAGUGGUGCCAAAUUAGCUCUCGAUGGGAGAAAUGUUAUGGUCACAAAGUAUUCAAUGGGCAACUUUUUGGGUCCCACCAUCUUAUCCGACAUCAGAACCGACAUGGCUUGCUACAAGGAGGAAAUUUUGGGGCCUGUCCUGCUUUGCAUGGAGGCUGACAGCUUAGAAGAGGCGAUAAACGUUGUAAAUAAAGACAAAUAUGCCAAUGGAGCUUCAAUAUUCACAUCAUCUGGUGCAGCUGCUAGAAAAUUCCAAUCCGAGACUGAUAUUGAACAGGUUGGCAUUAAUGUACCUCUUCCUGCUCCAUUACCUUUUGUCUCCUUCAGUGGUUCCAAAACAUCUUCAGGCGAUCUCAAUUUUCAUGGUAAGGCUGGCGUGCAAUUUUAUACGCGCGUGAGAACUGUGACUCAACAGUGGAAGGAUGCAGGUUAUUUCUUCGAUUCAUACCCUCCGCCAAUGCCAAUGCCAAUGCCAAUGCCUAUCUCUGAUGGAUCGGAGCAGAACCAUCAUGAGAGUUUGAUGGUCCCUACUACUUCCGACGAUUUGCCCAUGCAGCAGGCCAGCUUUUGAUGUUAGAUCGUUGCCCAUUGACGAUGAAAAUGAAUGUUUGUGAAGGAUGGUCAAAUUUGCAGAUUGUAAAUAGUUAGUUAGAAAUUCUUGUAUGGGAUGAGGAAAGAAUAUGAUAGGUUGAUGCUAAUUUGUUCUAUUACAGUUUUUCUUUAGAUUUUUCCUU